ACGAGAACCCAUUUGGAUGCUGCUCUUCAGGGAAUAAUAUCCGGCAAUGGGAUAUUGUGUUCUUGCCAAUCAUGUGAAGGAAAAGAGGUUGUCAGCCCCAAUAAAUUUGAAGUCCACGCGGGGAGUGGAAACAAGCGACCCGCGGAGUAUAUCUACAUGCCCAACGGAAGAAAUCUUAGGGAUGUACUGAACUUAUGCAGAGACGUACCUUUGCAAAACAUAAAAUCAGCCGUUCUAACCUUCAUCGGGUGCAUUUCAAAGGAUCCCCUUCCACCCAAGGGAAUCUUGAACGAAUCUGAAGAUGAUUGUUCAUCUUCUGUCAUGGGGGAGUGUAACCCACCUCAAAUCUUGGAGAAUUCUGAACCCUCUGAAGGAGUUGUUAUUGGGUCGGAGAAUGAAGCUUCCUUGCUGGUAGCCUCUCCUCUUCCUCUUCCCACUCUUCCUCCAAGCUUGCCUGUCAAGAAACCGCCCACCGGAAAACUGACAAAAAAGGAUCUCCGGAUGCAUAAGUUGGUGUUUUCAGAGCAUGUGAUAUCAGAUGGCACUGAUGUUACUUAUAGGGUUGGGAAAGAGGAUGUCCUAUUUGGCAAAAAGAAGGGUUCUGCAAUUGUUUGUUCCUGCUGCAAUAAAGAGUAUAGCCCUUCUAUGUUUGAAAAUCAUGCCGGAAGGGGUACACGUCGUAAACCGUACUUGCAUAUUUUUGCUUUGGGGCGUUCACUCCAUGAGCUGGCAGUUAGAGCAUUGAAGACGCGCAUAAUCUCCGAUGAGGAUAAGGAUGAUAUAUGCUCAAUCUGUAGAGGUGGAGAUGAAGUUGGAGGGGGCCUUAUCAGCUGUAGUUCUUGCCCUAGGGUUUUCCACACAGUGUGCCAGGUUUUACCCGCCAACCUGAAUGAUGGUUGGCAUUGCAGAUACUGUCUGAAUAGUUUCCAGACUGAGAGGUGUAAAAGGGUUGUUGGUAAAAGGGAUGAUGGUAAAAGGAUUGUUGGUAAAAGGGUUCGUGGUACUAGUGCUCCAGAGGCUGAUGAUGGUCGUCCUGGCGGAUGCACAUUAUGCCGGAAGCACUAUUACGUAAAAAAAGGAUUUUGCCCAAGCACAGUCAUGAUUUGCGACCAGUGUGAAAUGGAAUAUCAUGUUAGAUGUUUGAAGAACCACAAGAUGUUCGACUUGAAGGAAUUGCCUGCGGGGGUAUGGCUCUGUUGCACAGACUGCAACAUAAUUUAUUAUGCUUUGCAAAAUCUGAUUGCAACUGGAGAGGUGAAUCUGAAGGAAUCAUCUUUGAGCCUCAUAAGGAGAAAGAUUGGUUCUGAAACUGUUGCAAGACUAGAUAUAAAAUGGAGGCUCUUGAGUGGGAAGAUUACUUCAGAUGAAACCAGAUCUCUGCUUUCAAAGUCUGUUUCCAUCUUCCAUGAUCGGUUUGACCCGAUAGAAGAAUUAAGAAAUGGCCGUAAAAUUGAUCUUAUCCCAAACAUGGUGUAUGGAAAUAAAAAGACCGAGGGGAUGUAUUGUGCGGUAUUAACUGUCGAUUCAAUAGUUGUUUGUGCUGGUGUUUUCCGCAUAUUUGGAACUCAUGUGGCGGAACUUCCUCUGGUAGCAACCAGCAAUGCUCACGAAGGACUGGGGUACUUUCAAGCACUACUAUCAUGCAUUGAAGGUCUCCUAGCAUCCUUGAAAGUUAAAAUGAUUGUGCUGCCGGCUGCUGCAGAAGCCAAAUCUAUUUGGACGAACAGAUUUGGUUUCGUUGAGAUGUCCGACAUUGAGGAAGAACAGUACAGGAAACAAUUUCAGCUGUUGUUCUUCCAAGGUACUAGGAUGCUUCACAAGCCCGUUAUGGAGGAGAAUGUAGUAUAGGGGUGCGGUUUUUUAUUUUGUUCAUAAUGUAAGCAAGAAAUAGGUGCUGCUGUCUGACAUUUUUAGUUUUAUUUGGGGGGUGGGGAAAGGGUCAUAUUUUUAUGUAUACAAACAAACAAAGAACAACUGAUUUACCUUUUUUGGGGAUUGAAGGUUUGGAAGGUUUGCUGCCUUCAAAAGUUUAGUUUAUUGAUGAUGAUUCUAGUAGGACUGAUUGUUGAUUCAAUCAAAAUGUUGCUUUGA